AAAAAGUCAAAAUACAUGAAUUUUGAGGUUAGGUAAUUGUGUUGGUAUUUCCAAAAAAAAUUGUGUAGAACCUAUUAGUAAAAGAAAGUGAAUCGAAAAUAAUGUUAUUCCAGAACUCUUUGCUGAAACGUACCUGGCCAAUGUUGGUACAAUGCGCGGAGGCACAUAGAAAACCUCGAUGGCUACCAGUCGCUAAAAGUAAGAUAUUUCGUGUACCCAAACGUCCAGUUGUAUCAGAAGAAGAACGCAUAGAGCUUUUACGGCUGCAUAAUAAUUACAAAACGCAGAUGCGGGCCAUCAGGAGGUUCUAUCACGAGGAGAUGAUCAAAGAAAAACAAACUCGAGAGAGUGCAAGUUCUGAAAUGUCUCAGCGCUUGGAAGCUGAAGAAUGGGCUCGGUGCGUGGAGCUGAAUGAGAAAUGGAAUGCUCAGGUCGCAAUAGAACGAGAGGAGCGAAGAAAAGUUGAGGUGAACAAACUUGAGACAUAUGCUCUCAAGAGAAUGCAAUCCAUUGAUGAAAAACGGGCGAAGGUAAUUGCAAAAGCCUCAGAAGAAAUCAAGCGACAGAAGGAAUUGAGUUCAACAUUCAUAACUCCGGAAAAUCUGGAUGCCGCCAUAGACCAUGCUCUAGCAAAUCCCACAGACUAUAACUUUGCCAUAGACCUCAAAGGAAACAAGUUUUUAGGCAGAGACACACAGAUAACUAAACCAAAGGAAGCUGCAUCUUCUGCCAGUGCUACUGCUUAGAAGAUAAAGGGUAGUUUGUAUUGUAAAUAAC